AUGGAUGAAUCCAUGAUGAAUAACACGAUAGAGUUUUCAUUUUGUCAGAAUGAAUUGGAUGAUUUUCACACUUUUUUCAAUCGAAUCCACUUCAAGCUGAGUCUGUGCAUUUGCAUAUUUGGAUGCAUCACAAACGUCCUUAACUUUAUUGUUUUAACGCGAAAGGAACUAAGGACGCAUAUAAAUUACAUUUUAGCAGCACUCGCUGUUUCAGACUUUCUCGUGAUGCUCGUUUACGUUCCUUAUGCCUUUGACUAUGCAUUUGAUUUAAAUACACGACUGGAGAGACUGACAUACAGCUAUGCACAUUACAUUUAUACCCACGCGAUGCUGAGCCAGACAGCACACACAGUUUCGAUAUUUUUAACAAUAAUUUUAGCCCUUUGGCGAUACGUGUCGGUCUGUCAUCCAAAUAGAAAGAAUUCCAUUAUGAAACGUACAAUGUGGGCGAUUGCAGCGUCAUAUGUGAUAAGUCCAAUUAUUUGUUUGCCUUACUAUAUGACCCUUGGGGUGUUUAGCAGUGAUAUGUAUGUUUAUGCCUACAACAACUCGGAAGUUAAGGGAAAUAUGACGGAUGUUUUACUGAUCAAUGAAGAGACUGGCUUGGAAAUUCGUAAAAUCACAAAAUAUUACGUUCAUACAUCAAAAUUCUAUCAGCAGCACGACAAGGCAUUCUUGUGGGUUUAUUCAGUCAUAAUCAAAUUACUUCCAUGCAUUUUGUUGACUUAUUUUUCACUUCAACUCAUUCGAGCACUUUAUGAGGCCAAAAAGAGGAAAGAAAAAUUGAUCGGAAAUCAUCAAAUGUCGGAAAAGUUACUGACCAAGAAGAAGCAAGCUGACCGCACGACUAGAAUGUUGAUUGCUGUUCUCUUGUUAUUCUUGAUUACUGAAUUCCCACAGGGAGUGGCUGGAUUACUCUCGGCGCUUCUUCAUCAUGAUUUUUAUCUUUAUUGCUAUCAGAAAUUGGGUGACUUGAUGGACUUCCUAGCCCUCCUCAAUUCCUCAAUAAACUUCAUCCUUUACUGCACGAUGUCAAGACAAUUCCGCGAAACAUUCUCACUAAUUUUUCUACCCCGAUGGUUCCGAAAGAUUACAAAACGAUUUGGAAAUGGAAGUAGUCAAGGUUUUGUGGAAAUGGACAGCAAUGGCAGACAAAUUGACACGAUGCAUGAGACCCAGAUGACGCAGCUAUAG